AUGUACUACUACCAUGUAAAAUGCAAGUACAUCAAUGCCAUCAAGCUGAGACUCUUUCCUAUGUCUCUGCUGACAAAGCUCACCAAUGGGAGAAGAGCUUGCCCCAUGGCACAAUCACCACUUGGGAUGAAUGCAAGAAGGCCUUUCUUGCUAAAUUUUUCUCCACCGGUCGCACAGCCAAGCUUAGGAGAGAUAUCCAAGUCUUGCACAGCCAAGCUAAGGAGUGAGAUUGAGCUUCAUACAGAGAACAAUGAGACUUUUGCUGAGGCUUGGGAGAGGUUCAAGGGCUACACAAGUCAGUGCCCACAUCAUGGCUUCAACAAUGAGUCUUUACUCUCUACUCUUUAUAGAGGAUGCUUGGCAAGGUAUAGAGAGAUGCUGGACACAGCCAGCAAUGGAAACUUCCUAAAUCAGGAUGUGGAUGAUGGUUGCAGCUUGUGGAAACAUUGCAAACUCCAAUGGAAGUUAUGGAGAAGAGUAUGA